AUGGCGGACGGCAGACCCCAUCAUCGGGCCGCCCAGCCUGCCUCGAAUAUGAGCAACACUACCACAUACGAUGCCACCUCUCUCAGUCAAGAGUUCGAACAGUUGAUGCGCACCAAGCGAUUCAAUCAACUUCACGAUUCAUCUCGAUCGCGGUCUGGAUCUCAGUCGCCCGCCCCUUCACACACCAGUCACUCGAUCCCGCCGCCUUCACGAGCGCCGCCACCUCCUCCCUCCCUUGGCACCCAACCGCGCCCAGCUUCGCAACCACAACCAUCCAGCCCAGACCUCCGUGGUCUCCCGAUUAUGCCAUCUCCUCCUCAGGAUACCGCCGGGCUCAAGUUUUUUAACAUGCUGAAGGUCCUUUCGGUUACGCCGACAAAGUACGAAAACCCAGGUCUACUCGACGAAGCCCUCUGCACCCUCCCUCUAGAUCGCCUGUAUGCCGAAGCCGAAGAGGAGUCUCAGAUCAUGCAGGCCCAUGCCGCUAGCGUGGGAGGAAAGCCGGAAUGGGGAUAUCAGGAUUGUGUGAUUCGGGCAUUGUUGAAGUGGUUCAAGCGCUCAUUUUUCCAAUUCGUCAACAACCCUCCGUGCUCCAAGUGCUGCCUGCCCACGAUCGCACAGGGUAUGACCCCUCCCAGCCCCGACGAGACCGCCCGUGGCGCCACCCGAGUCGAGCUGUACCGCUGCUCCGGGCCUAGCUGCGGCGCCUAUGAGCGAUUCCCCCGUUACUCCGAUGUCUGGCAAUUGCUGCAAACGCGCCGUGGUCGUGGCGGAGAGUGGGCCAACUGUUUCAGCAUGCUCUGCCGUGCCGUUGGUGCCCGCGUUCGUUGGGUAUGGAACUCGGAGGACUACGUCUGGACUGAGGUGUAUUCCGAACACCAGCGUCGCUGGGUUCAUGUGGAUGCGUGCGAGGAGGCCUGGGAUCAACCUCGUCUUUACACCGAAGGAUGGCGCCGUAAGAUCUCUUACUGCGUUGCCUUCUCCAUCGACGGUGCGACCGACGUCACUCGUCGCUACGUCCGCAACUUCGCCAAGCACGGCAGCCCUCGCAACCGUACCUCAGAGGAGGUCGUCCUUUGGUCGAUUCACGAGAUUCGCCGAAAGCGUCGUGAGAACAUGUCCAAGACUGACCAGCGUCGCCUGAUUAAGGAGGAUGAGCGUGAGGAGCGGGAGCUUCGCGGAUACACGGCAUCCGCCCUGGCAGCCGAGAUUCAGAACAUUCUUCCACGCAGCUUGGUAGGACGUCCCGAUGAGCAGAAGCACGCCGACGCCCGCCAGGAAGCUGCCUCGGAGUGGCUGAGCGCCCGUGGCCACGGUCACUCGGGACCGGAUCGUUCGAACGGCGGACCAUAA